AUUGAGAGAUGCUCGUAAAAGCUUGAACGUGAAUGAGGAAUACCUCAGUGCAUUAAGAACCAAAUCCUACGUAGAAUUUUUCUCCAAAGCUCAAUUGCUAGCCAAUGAACCAUCCUCUCCAUCUUCCUUCCACCACCAAUUUUUUCAACUAUUGGAACCUUGUCAAGACACCAUACCUUCCAUCCUUGAAUCCGCGAUCUUUUCCAAAAUUCCCGAACUCAAAAGCCUUAUCCUCAAUUACUUUGACAUUAGUGCCGAAGCUUCAAAGAUCUGUGGCCACCUCCUCACCAAAAUUAACCAAUUCCAAGAUAAUUAUCACUUCAUUCAACAAACACUCGAUUCAUUCGAUGAUUAUACUCCUAAAAAAGUUAGACGAACUAUUUCAGAGCUAAACUCAUUCAUAGUCCUAAACAACCCAUUUUCUAAUCCCAACAAACAUGAUUUCAAGAUAAUUCAUGACAAAUAUGCCUCGGUGUUACACCACCUUAAGUCAAAGAGGAAAAAAGUUGCAAGGCGAAUGAAGCUGAUCAAGUUCGUCCACAAGGCAUCUGGGCUUUGCUAGACAGCAGCUUGUGGCUUGGCGUUAAUAAUAGCUAUAGUCAUAGCAGCGCAUACACUUGCUGCAUUAUUCAUGGCACCGGCGGUUGUCAGCUUCCCUGCAAAGCUAUUCAAGAAGAAGCUCUUCAGUUUUCCAUGUUUGAAACGUGGAUUUCUCAGGAAAAUAGGGGAGCAGCUCGAUGUUGCGACCAAGGGAACUUAUAUUUUGAACAGGGAUUUCGACACGAUGAGUAGGCUAGUGUCAAGGUUACAUGAUGAAGUUGAACACAACAAGGCAAUGAUACAAAUUUGUUUGGAGAGGAGGGAAGAUAGAUUUUCUGUGCAAGUAGUGAAGGAGCUGAAGAAGAGCAAUGUUGGUGUGAGGAAACAGGUAGAGGAGCUGGAAGAGCAUGUAUAUUUGUGCCUUGUCACAAUCAAUCGGGCAAGGGCUUUGGUAAUCAAGGAGGUGACAACAUCUUUUACGCAAGAAUUGAGGGACUAGUUACACGUACGAGCUUCCUUAAGAGUGUUUAAUGCAGCAUCAUUUGUUUUUCUUUUUGUAAAUAAUAGAAAUAUUUUUUCAUUGUUGGUGAUUAUUAAUUAAAACAGUUGGGGGAUUUUUUUUUGUUAUAUAUGAAGAUUCAUAAGGUUUUAGACUCCAUA